AUGCAACAUGGAUACGUGACCCCCUGCAGGCCUCAGGUCAGCAGCUACCAUAUACGUAUCAGCGAGGGACUGGUCGUCAACCAGAGCUGCAAACAGAUUGACCCCUUGGUCAGUGUCAUCAUCCUGGACGAAGCUGAUGGAGAUACAGCAAGCAGUCUGGAUAUUAAUGGCUCACUUGGGGACUGGAUAGGGAAACAAAAUGUUAGUAUUAUCCUGGCCCUCGGCCUUGUCUGCCUGAUUUGCUGUAACGCAGUUAGGGUUGAAAGGCGUCGUCCCAGACCAAUCAUGUCCAGAAAGAAUGAGACUGAUGUCCAAACCAAAGCAGCACAGAACCCUUGCAAGGCCAUCCCACUGGACUUUGUCUUUGUCAUUGACAGCUCCAGAAGCAUCCGUCCCAACGACUAUGAGAAGGUCAAAACCUUCAUCAUCAACGUGAUUCAGUUCCUCACAAUUGGCCCUGAUGCGACACGGGUUGGUCUGCUCCAGUAUGGCAGCGUGGUCCAGCCUGAGUUCUCCCUCAACAACUACACCAAUAAGGCCGAGGUGGAGCAGGCAGUGAGGAACAUGGAGCACCUUGCCACAGGGACCAUGACCGGUCUGGCCAUCCAGUACACCAUGGAGACUGCCUUCACGGAGAAAGAGGGAGCACGGCCGGCAAACCUGCACAUCCCACGAAUUGCUAUGAUUGUGACUGAUGGGAGGCCACAGGACACGGUAGAGGAGCCUGCAGCUCAGGCGAGGCAUGUUGGCAUCCAGAUCUUUGCUAUUGGAGUGGGCAGAGUGGAUAUGAACACCCUGAAGGCCAUAGGGAGCGAGCCUCACUCUGAGCAUGUUCACCUGGUGGCCAACUUCAGCCAGAUAGAAACCCUUAUCUCCGUGUUCCAGUCCAAACUGUGUGGAGAGAUGUGUGAGGUUGUGGACAACCAGUGCCAACAUAUCUGUGUGAGCAGCCCUGCUUCGUACCGGUGCCAGUGCAGGGAAGGGUUCAUCCUAAACCCUGAUGGAAAGACAUGUACAGAAAUUGAUCACUGUGCUGACGGCACCCAUGGCUGUGAGCAGGAGUUUAUUAAUACCAACGACUCCUGUGUGUGUAAAUGCAGAAAAGGCUACACACUCAACCGUGACGGAAGAACUUGCAAGAAGAUUGAUCACUGUGCUGAUGGUUCUCAUGGCUGUGAACAGGAGUUUGAAAACAAAGACGACUCAUGUGUGUGCAAAUGCAGACAAGGCUACACACUCAGGCCUGAUGGGAAAACAUGCAAGAAGACUGAUCACUGUGCUGAUGGGAAACAUGGCUGUGAACACGACUUCAUGAACACUGAAGAUUCAUGUGUGUGUAAAUGCAGAGAAGGAUACAUACUGCGACCUGAUGGCAAAACAUGUCAGAGUCUGGAUCUAUGUCAGACUGUGGACCAUGGCUGUGAACAUCAGUGUGUCAGCACCACUGACUCUUACGUCUGCAGAUGUUUUGAAGGAUAUAUCUUGGCUGAGGAUGGGAAGAGCUGCAUAAAGGCAGAGUGUGGUGAUGGAGUCAUGGAUCUGGUUUUCGUGAUCGAUGGCUCCAAGAGUCUGGGCCCUGCCAACUUCGAGCUGGUCAAACACUUUGUAAACAGUAUUGUGGACUCACUGGACAUUUCCAAGACAGGCACACAUGUCGGCCUUCUUCAGUAUUCCACCAAAGUCCGCACCCAGUUCACCCUUGGCCAGUACACCACAGCGCAGGACGUCAAACAGGCUGUGGCCCGGAUGCAGUACAUGGGGAGAGGUUCUAUGACGGGCUCAGCCUUACGUCACAUGUUUGACUUCAGCUUUUCAGUCAAAGAGGGUGCUAGGCCAAACACUCCACGUGUCACUGUUGUGUUCACGGAUGGGAGAUCACAGGAUGAUGUCUCUGAAUGGGCGACUAAAGCAAAGAACUCUGGGAUCACCAUGUAUGCCUUGGGUGUUGGAAAAGCCAUUGAGCAAGAGUUGCGAGAAAUAGCCUCCGAGCCUGAUGAAAAGCAUCUUUACUAUGCAGAGGAUUUUGAAAAGAUGGGAGAAAUUAAAAAGAAGCUAAAAUCCAGGAUAUGUAAAGACAAACCAGCUGAUGAAAACAUGUGCCAGUGUGAGAACGUGAUCAUGUUUCAAAACCAGGUCACUGAGAAGCUGAAGAACCUGGUCCAGAAUAUUGAGACCAUGUCCAAGAAGCUGGAGAAACUCGAGAAUCAAGUUGUGCACAUAUAA